AUGUCGGACGAGAUCGCCGCACACGAGCCCUUAUUUGAAGACCCAUUUUCCCCCGAUCUCGCCGACGAACUCGAGCUUGCACUUCUGGCCGAAAUGGACCAGUUGCCACAAUUACGCGAGCAACGACCGCCACGCGCGGGCAAUCGUGACGGAAGCAUGGUCGGGCUGCGUCAGGACGGCACAGCAAACCGCGACAGUCCGGCGGAUGUCUUGGUUGAUUUGGAGCUGUAUUUCCAGCAAGGGCAGGGAAGACCCGAAAGAAGAUCCCAGAACAACCACAACAACCAAAACGGCAAUGCCGACAUUAUCGAUCUCACAAACGAACCCGACAGCCCUGUGCAAACUCAUGCGUCUCGCCCUGCGGCAAAUCCAAGGAGACAGAAUUCUCAGGGCAGAAACCCGCCGGCGUUUGCGCGCAGCGACAGCAGUAUCCUUGCCGGCAACGCGCCAGUCAUCGACCUUACUGAUGACUCUCCUGAAGUUCCGCGCAGGCAUGCACCCGUAUUACCUCCUCCAGCGCCUCGGCAUCGUGAGCGAACCCGACAACCAGGAACGUUUGGCAUGUACAACUCAAGUAACGCACUUAGCGGACUAGCAGCGGGAAUACGUCGCCAUCUUUAUCCCUUUCGACUUUUCCCUGGCCCUGAGGACGAGGUACAACUUCUUGGCAUCUUGCACAACAGGAUCAACCAAGGUGGCGACCUUAAUAACCCACUGGGAAACAUCCAGCUUCAGUACGAGCAUGGCGCUUUCGACCGUGCUGAAUCACCAAAGCCGGUCCACCAAGCUCCGCCGCCAGCCAAGUCAGGCUUCACCAGAGACACCGGUUCUGACCUUGUUGUGAUAUGUCCGGCUUGCAACGAGGAGCUGGCCUAUGAUCCCGAUGUUCCCAUGAGCGAGAGCCAUCCCACGCGCAAAGGCAAGCGCCAGCGUAGUGAGCACCACUUUUGGGCUCUCAAGGGAUGCGGGCAUAUAACAACAUUAACUUUGGUGCUCACGGUGGACCAGGUUUACUGCGAGGACUGUUUUGAGAACCGCAAGCCAGCGGCCAAACGUCCCAACACCGGGUUUCGGCGUGACCCAGACAGCAAGAUAAUCUGCGCGGUGGACGGCUGCGAGACGCAAGCUACAAAUAAGACGGGCUGGGUCGGAAUCUACCUUUGA